GUUGGAAUAAUAUUAGGCUGAAUUGUAUUUUAGAGAAUAAUUGUUAAUAAUAUUUUACUCUCAUUUCAUUUUUUUUUUUAUUUUUAAUUGUUGUGAAAUAAUUGCGUUAUUUUUGAAGUUAGAAAAACGUAAACUUAGAUUCCGGAUAUAGGGUGGAAUAAUUUUAUUUAUUUAUUUUUUCUAACUGCAAAAACAACGACUGAAUCCUUCGUCCCUUUGCCUGUCCAUUAGGAAUAUAUCAGAUUGAUUGAUGAGGUAUCCUAACCCUCUCUUCGGCCUUUGCCUCUCCACUCUCCCUCAAACCCUUCGAUUAGAUUUCUUGUAUAUAAGUAUUAAUUUUUGGCUCAUGAAGCAGGGUCGAAACUCUCUUCUUAGGCUUCAAUUUGACUCAUCAUUGAUGGAUGCUUCUCAAGUGGUUUGUAUGUAGAUAUAUAUAUUUAUAUAUUCACAUAUUGAUGUAUAUGUCUGUAUGUAUAUAUGGCAACGUCGAUAAAGAAAGAUAUCUUGUUGGUUAUAGAGAGCCCCACAAAGAAAAGGUACUCACUCACAAGCCAGAGAGCAUUUGGAUGGAGGAGUUGCCAUGUGUGAAGCAGAGCAGGCCACAGCAGCCUACACCAUUAUCUUUUCAACAAAAUCCCCUUUACAAUAAAUCUCUCUCACUACAAAUGUCACUAUUUUCUCUCUCUAGAGCUUUCCAACAUUGAACGCCAUGUGGAUUGCCCCAAUUUCUGUGUACGAUCGUCCAAAUUUCUUUCUAUCGAUAGCACAAAUCUAACACCAAAAGGGGACAUCUCAAUCCGGUCUGUUACGCGUAUGAGUUCAAUUAGUCAAGAAAAACAAAUAGCUUCAGCUAAAAUCGAAGCUCAUUGUGGGGUUUCAAAGUGAUAGAUCAUUCUAGCAGUUUGUUUGUGCAUUUUGAAGAUGACAGACACUACUGCUGUUGUGGACUUUCUGUUGGGGAAGAUGACACAGCAACUAAUAAGCUCGGAUGACCAGUUGAUUCUCGAGGCUUUUGAGAAGAAACUCAUAGACAAGGACCAAAUCCAAUUGUUUUACGAGGAUAUGCAAUUCCUUCGAAAGUUUCUCAAAGAUUCAUCAGGAGAGAUGGGUAAUAAGCAGCUGAAACGACUUGUCUCAAAAAUCAGAGUUGUGACUUGCCAAGUUGAUGACACAAUGGAUUCGCUAGUCCUCAAUGCUGUGUUGCACAAACAUACACGAGUCUUUGCUAAUGUGCUUGUCCUCAGUUUGUCCAGGACGAUGGCUGACCUGGCCGAGAAGAUCUAUGACCGCUAUAAAACUAUCACACGAGAGAUAGAUUUUGUCAAGGACUUUAGAACACUGGCAAUAACCCUUCUCUCGUCGAUUGAGUCUCAAUUGGUUGCUGAGAAAAUUAAUGUUGAUUGCUUUCGUGAUAUUAUAGAAGAUAUUAAGCGUACCAAGAUGGAUGUCAUGCGGAGUUCUGAGCUUGAGACAGAUUGGAAGAAACCUCUGCAAAAGGAGAUGAGAAAAAGACUAAUUAUCACAUGGCUUGAGUCUGACAUGCCUGAUGAAUUCCGUUUUCUCUUCAAAUUGUCCGAAAUGAUGCUCUAUCGGACUAAAAGAAUUCGUGAAUUGUUUAGCAGUCUCAUAGGAGAGAUUAAUGAAGACAUGACGAAGCAACUGAGUACAACUUGGCCUGAAUUUGACAUCGCUGGUGACAUUCAUCUCCUCGUCAGUUUGUCCCAAGAGACGGCGGACAUGGUUAAGGGAAUUUCAUAUGUACUUUUCACUCCCUCGACGGUGAUCCAGCGUACCAAGAAAAAGGUGAUGACGAUUUAUGAGAAGGCAUCGAGUGUUACAUCGCUUGAUUCUCAAAUGGCUGAUGAAUUUCUUGGCAGGUUCAAUUUCUUUGAACAAACAUUUGUAGAAUAUCUUCUUUGUGAUCCAAGUGUCAAUUUUGUUUCUACGAAAAGGGAGAUGAUGAAUAUUUAUGAAAGGAAUUUGAGUCUUCCAUGGCUUGAUUGGUGGGCUACUGUAAUUCGUGGUUGCUUUGGGAGUGUCACAGAAGACAUUAAGUCUAUUAAAACAGAGGUGAAGGAAAUUUAUGAUAAGCAGCUCUAUGGCAUGACAGGAAUCCCACGAUCCAGAAAGUUUUCCCAUGGAACUUUACCAAAACCAAUCAGGCCCAUAGUACAUGAAGAAAUAGUUGUUGGUCUCGAUGAAGAAACAAGGGCGAUAAAGGAGCUGCUUACUGAAGAACAUCAAAAGCAGCUAAAGUGCAUAUCCAUUAUUGGGAUGCCUGGACUUGGUAAGACAACUCUGGCCAAAAAGGUUUACAAUGAUUCUUUCAUUGAAUAUCACUUUUAUAUUCGUGCAUGGAUCUAUGUGUCUCAAGUGUACCAAAAGAAGGAUCUGUUGCUUGCCAUUUUAAGCUCCGCCUUCCAGUCUAGAGAUUAUAUUUGUGAAACGCAUGACAAAAUCUUAGGUGCAGAUCUGUACAGACUCUUAAAGGGUAAGAGAUAUCUCAUUGUCAUGGAUGAUAUAUGGAAUUCGGAGCCUUUGAAAGAUCUGAAAAUAUAUCUUCCAAAUGACAACAAUGGCAGUAGAAUUCUUUUCACCACUAGACACGAAAAUGUGGCUGUGGCUUUCCAUGCUAAACCUCACCAUUUGCGCUUUCUAAAUGAAGAUGAAAGUUGGGAUCUAUUGCGAUUGAAGACAUUUCGCAAAGAAAGCUGCCCUCUAGAGUUGAUGGAGAUUGGAAAACAAAUUGCCAGAAAAUGUCGAGGACUACCCCUUGCAAUUGUUGCAAUAUCUGGGCUUCUGGCAAAACAAGACAAGACACUGGAACGGUGGAAGCAUGUUGCUGAAAGUGUAAGUUCAUACAUGGUGAGUGAUCCAGAGCAAUACAUGCACACACUAGAACUGAGUUACAAUGUGUUGCCCUACUACUUGAAAGCAUGCUUCCUCUAUCUCGGAGCAUUUACAGAAUAUGAAAUUCCAGUGCAGAAAUUGAUCUGGUUAUGGGUCGCUGAGGGAUUUAUAUGGCAAAAUGAGCAGAAGACUUUGGAGGAAGUGGCAGAGGAUUACUUGAUGGAUCUAAUUGAUAGAAGUCUUGUAAUUGUUUCGAAGAAAAGGUCCAAUGGUGAAAUCAAAGCGUGUUGUGUACAUGAUCUCAUGCGUGACUUGUGCCUGAGAAAAGCUCAAGAACAUAAUUUUCUUCACCAGAUUUCCCUAAAAGGUCAAAAAGAGAAUUUACUUAAGAAAAUUUCUGAUAAGGUUCAAGAAGGGAAAUUCUUUGAGCAAAUAUUUGGAAAACCUCAGGAAGAGAAUUUACAACAACAAAUUUUUGAAAAAGUUCAGGAAGGGAAUAUUUUUCAGCAGAUUUUUGGUUCUUCUUCUUCUUCUUUAAGUAUUAUCUUAAAUAAACAUCGUCGCAUGUGCAUACAUCCUGAACUUGCCAAUUUUAGUUCUUUGCAACAUUAUCCUUUUACGUCGAAGGUCUGCUCUAUCUUGUCCUUUGGUCGUUCAAAUUCAUGGGGUAACUUAUUUGUAAAUGAUGUUUCAUUUGUUUAUCAAAAUUUCAUACUUCUUAGGGUUUUGGAUUUAUCAUCCAUCCAGAUUUCUUUUUUUCCUGAGAGAAUAACACAAUUGGUUCUUUUGAGGUAUUUAGCAUUGCAUGUUGCACAGCAAAAGAUUUUCCUGCCAGCAAAAUUCAACCUCUUGAACCUAGAAACCCUUAUUCUUGAAGGCCCAAUAGGUUCAUUAGUUUUAUCAGAUGAUAUCUGGAAGAUAGUGAAGUUGAGGCAUCUGAAAGCUAAACGGCUUAUUGAAUUCACUAGCAUACCCAAUGAUGGCCGUGCUUUCUUAUUGGGUAACCUACAAACAGUAGGCAAACUGCAUCUUUAUAGUGGAGAGGAGCGAGCCUUGAAAUGGACUCCCAAUCUCAAAAAACUAAAAUGUCAUAUUAGGAAAAGGUUGAAUGGGGAGGAUCAUUUCCCUAAACUGGACUUUUUGAUUCACCUUGAAACAUUGAAUGUCAUAUCCAGCGACUGCAAAAGGUUUUUCCAUCUGGAUAAUUUCCCCCCAAGUCUCAGAAGCCUAACUUUAUCACAUGUCGGUCUAAGGUGGGAGGAAAUGUCGACCCUUGAGAUGUUACCCAACCUUGAGGUUCUCAAAUUAUAUUACAAUGCAUUUAAGGGUCCAAGAUGGGAUACUUGUGAUGGGGAGUUUUGCAAACUCAGAUUUUUGAAAUUUCAAGCCUUGGAUAUUGGCCAGUGGAAUACCUCUAGCAAUCACUUCCCCCACCUUCAAAAAUUGGUAUUAGAGAGCUGUGCAAGACUUGAGGAGAUCCCAUCCAGUUUAGGAGAUAUAUCUACACUAGAGAUGAUUCAACUGCGGCUUUGUUGUUGCUCUGCUGAAAACUCUGCGAGGGAAAUUCAAGAACAUCAAAGGAGCAUGGGAAAUGAUGGGCUAAAGGUCCAAAUCCUUGCACGCAGACGGAAUCAUGAGACGAUGAUCUCAGAGCAUUUGGCCAGUAUAUAAUGUUCUAAAAAUAAUCAUGGACAAAACUCAAAAUAUAGACAGGUUUACCACACAAAGGAUCAAUCCAAAGGAGCAUUUCAAUGUUUUGAUCAGAUUUGGACCCAUGUAUAUUAUAAAGGCAGGUGCUGAAAGUGGGAAAGAGAUGAGGAAAUUGUGUGAUGGCUUUGGCGGGACCCACGAAGAUAUUUGGGUUUGAUUUAGUUUUAUUAUAUAUAUAUAUAUAUAUAUAUAUUAUAUGCUAAAGGAUGUCAGCCGAAAUGGAGAUAUGAAGGAUUGAAUUUGUGAUUAUGAUGAUGGGCCCACUAAUGAGACUUUUGACCAACUUUCCUUGGCUUUGAAAUUGAUCACUGGGCUGUAUCUGAUGAGUGAGUUGUAUUGUUUUUAUAUUAUGAAAGAUAAGGAUAAGAAGAGAUGUGAGCUGUUGUGUUAUACUAGUGUCGGUGGAUUGACUAUAUAGUGCGUAGUUGUGCACUAUUUGAGAUACAAUGAUACUGAGAAGGAAAGAAAUAAAAGAAACACAGCCACAGCGCCGAGACGCAGUGAAAGGGCUGAGAGUUGAUGCUCUGAUAUUCCAGUGAAUUCAUUUCUUUUACAGUAGAUUUAGACUUUGGCAUUGAAGGCAAAGUCGACGAGCGCAUCGAGAUCUUCGAAUUGAUAGGAGCCGGUCUUCAAUUGGAGCACUUUGGGUUGUCGAAUACUUUGGCUGAUUUGGAGCUUUUUCUUUAAAUUGAGGUUAUGCACUGAAGGAGUGUGGAAUAGUGAAGGAACCUAAUUGGGUAUGAAGAAUGAAGAUUUUUGUUGUUAGGAGUUCGAUCAUUGGUUUGAAAUGUUAUUAUUGUAAAUUCAAUUUUAGUGAAGAAUAUCAUUUGUAGUUCGAUAAGUUUGUUAGAAUAGAAUGAUAAAAUUUGAUGAGAUAAUUCAAGUUCUGAA